AUGAUUCGUUCCAAAGCUCUCUCCGGGGUAAAUUUGGAGGUACCAGCACGAGGGCUUUGGGGUAGACAGCCUCUUAACAAGGCCACUGCAAAUGCAAAAGAAUCAAUACAAUGGGGAACUAAUAUAGUCGGCGGUGUGACACCUGGGAAAACCGGAAAGCAUUUGGGUCUACCGGUGCUACCUACUGCAAUGGAAAAACUCAAACCAGAUGCAACGGGAAUAUAUGUAGCAGCUCAUCAAGCAGCAAGUGCGAUUGAGGAAGCAAUUGAAGCAGAAGUUCCUCUGAUCGUUGCUGUCGCUGAGCACAUUCCCAUUCACGAUAUGCUAAGAAUCCAUUCGAUACUAGACACUCAAUCCAAAUGUCGAUUAGUUGGUGCAAAUUCUCCUGGCAUUAUAUCAGCAAAUGGAAAAUGUCGAAUUGGCUUUCAACCACUUUCUUGCUUCACGCCAGGUUGUAUAGGUAUCGUUGCUAAAUCAGGAACUUUGAGUUAUGAAGCCGUCGCAUCAACAACUAGGGCUGGACUUGGUCAAAGUCUUUGUAUUGGAAUGGGUGGGGAUAUCUUGGCUGGGACUAAUUUCGUUGAUGCAUUGAAGGUUUUUGAAUAUGAUGAUGAAACUGAAGGUAUCAUUAUUAUUGGUGAAAUAGGUGGCGAAGCGGAACUCGAGGCUGCAGCUUGGAUUGAGGAGUAUAAGAAGCGUUGGAUAAAUCCCAAACCUAUCGUAGCACUAGUUGCUGGUAUUUGUGCAGCUCCUGGUAAGGUUAUGGGUCAUGCUGGAGCUUUCACUUUGUUAGGAGAACCUGAUGCAUUGAUAAAAAUCAAGACUUUCGAGAUUGUAGGAGUUACCAUGGUCAACCAUCCAGCCAAAUUUGGCGAUGCUAUGAAGGGUUUGUUACGAAACUCUGGACGAUUAGGCAGUGGCCUGGCCACAAAUAGUGCUUCCCAGAAACGAGGUAUACACACGCUAAGGGUACGACCAACAUCAAGAGCUUCAACUGUAGAUAUAACACAAAAAAGAACCGUGUACAUCAAAGAGGAAGACGCACUUAAACUGCUCGACGAAAGGAAAAUUCGCCAUAUUGAAACUAUUUCAAAAGAAGAAUCAUUUCACAAAACACUUACUAUUGGCAUUGAUCGAAGUAAUCGCUGUCCGUGUGUUAUAAUACAGAGUCCGGUUGGAAAAUCGCGGUCCCCUGCUAAAGCCAAAAAGUUUCCCUUCCCAUACAAUUCAGGUCCCCGCUUUUAUACACUCAAGAAAUGUGUUCAGAAUCUCAUGAUGUGGCAUCAAGCCAAAAGUUGCAAACAAGUCAUCUCCAGUCUAUUUGAGCUUUUCAAAGAGAAAGAAGCCUUCAUUCUCGAAACCACCAUAAUCACAAACAACAGUCACGAUGUCAAAUCCCAACCAGUCAUAUCAAACGCCAAUUUCGGUUUCGACGACGCCGCCUUCAAAAGCGCACACCGUCAAUCCGACAUCCAUUCUCUCCCUCGUGCAGAUAUUCAAGACGCAGCCGAAGUCGAAGCCGCGAAACACGGUAUAGUAUAUAUCAAGUUUGCCGGCAAUGGCAAUAUUGGGACGCUAGUCAAUGGCGCGGGAUUAGCCAUGAAUACCGUAGAUGCGCUGGCGGAAGCCGGAGGUACAGCGGCAAAUUUUCUGGAUACGGGAGGAAAGGCGACGGCAGAGACGGUGAAGAGGGGGUUUGAGGCGAUCUUGGGGGAUGAGAGGGUCAAGGUGAUUUUUGUAAAUAUUUUCGGGGGGUUGACGUUGGGGGAUAUGAUUGCUGAGGGGGUUUUGUUGGCUUAUAAGGAGUUGGGGGUGACGGUUCCAGUGGUGGUUCGGAUUCGAGGGACGAAUGAGAAGGAGGGACAGAGGAUUAUUGCGGAAAGUGGAUUACCACUAUACUCAUAUGAUGAUUUCGACGAGGCGGCGGCAAAGGUAAUUGAGUUGGCUAAUUCAAGUGGAGAGUAA